AGUUCUGUUCUUCCUCAAUCUGCUCCUCAAGUCUACAUGACAUGGCCAAAACAAAGAGACAAGGCACAAUUCUAGUGAGAGAAAAAGGGAUAAAGCGAGAGAGAGAGAGAUACCGAUGAUGCUAGUAGAAGAGGCUAGUUACGUACAUCUCUAGUCUCUUCUAGUAUUUGUAAAUCUAAGCAUUAAUGGAAACCACUUCUUCUACACAGUCGCUCACAUUCUAUGAUUUCCUUGAUCGGAUGCGAAACCCAGCUUCCCUUGAUCUUGUUCGCUCCAUCAAAAGCUUUAUUGUAUCUUUUUCGUUUUCCACGGCAAAUCCUGAAAAUGAUGGCAAAAGACUGCAAGAUUUCCUCUUGACGAUGGAAACAUCGAUUAGGGAUCAUCCACUGUGGGACGGUGCAUCGGAGGAAGAAAUUGACUCUGCAAUUGAGGGUUUGGAGAAGUAUGUCAUGACAAAGUUGUUUGCUCGGACAUUUGCGUCUUCUCAUGAGGACGCAAACACUGACCAAGAAAUUUCAGAGAAAAUUUGCUUGUUGCAACACUUUUUGAGGCCUGAGCAUUUGGAUAUUCCAGAAGUUUUCCAUAAUGAAGCUUCAUGGCUGCUUGCAGAGAAAGAAUUACAGAAAAUCAAUGCUUUCAAAGCUCCUCGCGAGAAGCUUCUGUGUAUUCUGAAUUGUUGCAGAGUCAUUAAUAAUUUGCUGCUCAAUGCAUCAAUGUCAGAAAAUCGUGUACCUGGUGCUGAUGAUUUUCUUCCCGUAUUGAUUUAUGUUACGAUCAAGGCUAAUCCUCCUCAAUUGCAUUCCAACCUCAAGUUCAUCCAAUUAUUCCGGAGACAGGAAAAACUCAUCUCUGAAGCAGCUUAUUACUUUACAAACCUCGUCUCUGCCAAGACAUUCAUUGUUGACCUAGAUGCUAAAUCACUAUCCAUUGAUGGUACUGAAUUCGAGGAGAACAUGAAAACAGCCAAAUUGGCUAUCACAGGGGCACGGAUAGGACCCCUACCUGCACUACAUGAAACACCAGCCUUGGUAAAUCCUUUUACAAGAAUGCGUAAUAAAGCGACACAAAAUGAGCCGUCACCCACGUUGGAUGAGAUAGUGGACUUGGCUAGUCAAUCAGAUCCUGGACCUUCUCAAGGAAUGGAGGGUAGUGAAACCAACAUUAGUGGUGGAUUGCGUUAUCCUUUCAUGGAAGCAGAGGCUGGUGAAUUGACCGUUGGAGAUGUAGAGAAAUUGCUGAGCUUAUACAAGGAUGUGGUAAAGAAGUAUACAAGUCUUAGCAGGGCUGUGAGGCACUUGGCUAUUUCAAAGUUGGAGCCCUCCAUUCCUCAUCAAAAAGGGACCAAUGUCAAACAAGAAAAGCUAGAGGAGCAACUAGAAAAAGAUCAUAGAUAGAAGAAUGAGGAUUGCCAACAAAUUUGGUGUUCCACUUCUUUCAUGCAACCGGAAUACCACCGUAUUUCUCAAGAUGUUGUCCAUUCUGUUACAAAAGUGAAUGCAUGGCUGCAAGAUAUAUUUAUUUCCUGUAGUACCUGAACUGUGCAGAUGACAUAGGUGGACUUUAACAGAACGGGAGGCUGGUGAACUGACCAUUGGAGAUGUGGUAAAGAUGUUUUUAAUCCUUUGCAGGGCUGUCAGACACUUAGCUAUUUCCAAGAUAGAGCCCUCUUUUGCUCAUCUAAAAGGUACCCAUGUCCAACUAGACCAGACAGACUGAGGAACAACUUGAAAUGAUCAAAGCAAUGGAAGAAUUAAGGAUACACCUAAUUUGUAAGUUUUCUUGAUAGAUUUAUAGUUUCUUGAAAGUUUUAUGUGAUCUCCAGCUGCGUGAUUGGGUAUGAAAGGAAAUAUUGUAAUUUGCCCUGUUUACUUGUUAUCCAUUGGGAAAUUUGAUGAUCCACAAUUAGAGUUAGGGCAUUCGUUCGUGACA